AUGGAGUUGUGCGGCGAUCCCCCACGCGGCCGGUCCUGUUCGUCGACCACCCGGGGCUGCUCGGGGGUCUCGGUGUCCAAGGAGCUGCUGACGGCGGGGAGCGGCGGCGGCGGAGGUAUAUUGGACAGGCUGCUCAUAAACUCCAAGCCUAAUUCCAAAAAGAACUCUACUCUUCAAACGGUUCGAGUAGAGAGGAGUCCCUUAUUGGACCAAAUUCAGAUGUUUCUCCCACAGAUGGCCCAGGCAAAUGAAAAGCUGAAAAAAGAAAUGGCAGCUGCACCACCUGGUCGUUUUGAUAUUGAAAAUGUUGAUGGGACUCUUGGAAAAGUUAUACAAAUGGAUGUGGCCUUAUUUGAGAUGACUCAGUCCGAUUCAAAAGACGACAGUUCAGAGGAGAGUUUACAAGACACUUCAGGGGACAGUUCUGAAUCUGAGGAUGAAGAUGACAGCAUUCCUUGUGAAGUCAACAUAGAUAACAUUAAGCUUCCUAAUUCAGAAGGUGGAAAAGGCAAGAUAGAAGUUUUGAACAGUCCUGCAAGUAAAAAAAAGAAAUAGUGGAAUAAAUGGUCUGAAAAGAAA